AUGGAUGCGAUGUUCUCUUCCUGCGGCCUGCAAACGCUGCCGACUGAGUUUGCUUGGUCGCCACCUUGUCUGCGUGCUUUAACAGCCAUCCAGCGAGACUUCGAGAUAGACGAUGAGAAGCUCAAGCGAAUAGCCGCCCGUUUUGAGGAAGAGCUCUACGAAGGCCUCUUGAAGCAUGGAGAAAAUCUUACGAUGGAGGCCACCUGGGUACAUGGGCUUCCGAAAGGUACUGAAACCGGGAGCUUCCUUACCGUUGAUCUUGGCGGCACAAACAUACGAGUCUGUUGGAUCACCUUACGCGGAAGGGACUGCCAGCCGGAAAUCGUACAGAAACUCUCCCACAUACCUGAAGUGGUAAAGACCGGAGAAGCACACCAGCUGUGGGGUUUUGUCGCGGAUUCAAUCGACCACUUUGUUCGCGAACGUGGCCUUCACUGUACCGCGUCCAGCCCUUUGGCUCUCGGAUUCACUUUCUCUUAUCCUGUGAGACAGGACAGCCUUACCAACGGAAGGUUGAAAACAUGGACAAAAGGAUUUGAUAUCAAGGGAGUCGAGGGUGAGGACGUCGUUUCGCAACUUGACAAGGCUCUCAGAGCCAAAGACUUGCACAUCGACGUCGUUGCCUUGAUCAAUGACACCACUGGAGCUUUGAUUGCAUCAUCGUAUAUGGACGCAGAGACGGUCAUUGGCGCGAUAUUCGGCACCGGUAGCAACGCCGCCUACAUGGAGAAUGUUGGAUCAAUCCCAAAACUCAAGACUCCCCUUCCACCGGACACACCGAUGGCCAUCAACUGCGAGUAUGGCGCUUUCGACAACUCCCAUCGCGUGUUACCUCGCACAAAAUUUGAUCAAAUGAUCGAUAGCGAUUCCCCGCGCCCUGGAGAACAGACGUUUGAGAAGAUGAGCGCCGGAUUGUACCUCGGCGAGAUAUUCCGACUAAUCAUCUGCGAUUUCCAUGACCACGGUCUUCUAUUCAAGACUCAGAAUGUAUCCAGGUUGGCGAGGCCCUACACCAUUGAUACUGCGUUUCUGUCAGCCUUGGAAUCCGACACGUUGCCAAAUCUAGUGGGCAAAUUCGAGUCUAUCUCUGGCGUGGAGGCUACGCUUGGUGAAGUUCAACUCUUACGACGACUUGCAGAGGUUGUCACCACACGUGGUGCCCGUCUGAGCGCCUGUGGUAUCGCGGCGAUAUGCAAGAAAAAGGGCAUCCGCGAAGGGCAUGUCGCUGUAGACGGAUCGGUAGCCAAUAAGCAUCCGACCUUCAAGUCGAGAUGGGCCAAAGCCCUGGCAGCGAUCUUGGGUUGGCAGAGCGAUCGUGAACGUGAUCCCAUCAGGAUGGUCGGUGCCAAGGAUGGAAGUGGUAUCGGUGCAGCUGUCAUCGCUGCCAUGCAUUUGAGGCACUGA